AAUCGAUUUUUGUCGUCCAAAAAAUCCAUUUUUAUGCGAAUGUACCCACUUCAUUUUCAGUAACUUAUUUCGAAAAGAAAAAAAAAAAAACUUAUUUCUAUCUUUGGAACCAAAUAGAUCCUUAGAUGUUAAGAUUGGGAUGCAUGGAUGAAACUAAGGAUCUGCUCUUCUUGUAAAUGUCAACUCCACGGGAGGUGUUGUUGAGGAUAAUUUAGUAAUUUAGCCUAAUAUUCUCGUUCCGUUCUGUUCCAAAUGGCAUCACUCUCCACCACCGCACCCGGCGUCCCACCCUUCCCUCCGCCCACCGCCGCCCGCCGCGCCGCUUCAAGACGAUUCCAAGCCUCGCCUCGCCUGGACCCGGAACCCGACCCUGAACCCCCUUCUCCUUCUUCUUUGUCGGCGUCAUUGGUGGUCACCGACGAGCGGACGCGGAGAAUAGCGAGGGAGCUGGAGAAGCUGAAGGCGCGGGAGGCGCGGGAGCGGAAGGAGAUGAGGAACAGAAAGGUAGCGUCGCAGAAAGCGGUGUCGGUGAUUCUGUGGAGAGAGGCGACGAAGGCCAUGAUUGAUAAGAGCGGUGGUGGUAGGAAGAAGAAGGGGCCCAUCAACUCCAAGAAGCUUCUUCCCAGAACUGUUCUUGAAGCGCUGCAUGAAAGAGUCACGGCUCUGCGUUGGGAAUCCGCUCUCAAGGUUUUUGAACUACUGCAUGAACAGAUCUGGUACAAACCUGACACUGGUGUAUACAUCAAGUUAAUAGUCAUGCUUGGCAAAUGUAAGCAACCUGAGAAAGCUCAUGAACUCUUUCAAGCUAUGGUUGAUGAGGGCUGUGUUUUGGACUGUGAAUCAUACACUGCACUGUUAUCGGCCUACAGUAGGAGUGGUCUCUUGGACAAAGCUUUCUCUCUUCUUGAGGAAAUGAAGAAUACACCUGGUUGUCAGCCAGAUGUACAGACUUAUUCAAUCCUCCUAAAAUCUUGCUUACAGGUUUUUGCCUUUGACAAGAUUCAGAGUCUUUUAUCUGAUAUGACCAAUCGUGGAAUCAAACCUAACACAGUUACCUACAAUACCCUUAUUGAUGCUUAUGGGAAGGCAAGAAAGUUUUCAGAAAUGGAAUCUAUACUUGUGGAAAUGCUUGCUGACCGGUAUUGCCAACCCGAUGUAUGGACUAUGAAUUCAACACUCAGGGCAUUUGGCAACAUUGGACAAAUUGAAACAAUGGAGAAGUGUUAUGAGAAGUUCCAAAAUGCUGGAAUCCAACCUAAUGUUCAGACUUUCAACAUUCUCUUGGAUUCCUAUGGCAAGGCUCAGGAUUACAAGAAAAUGAGUGCUGUGAUGGAAUACAUGCAGAAGUACCAUUACUCUUGGACAAUUGUGACCUUUAAUAUUGUCAUUGAUGCUUUUGGGAAGGCUGGGGAUCUCAAACAGAUGGAGUACUUGUUUAGACUAAUGCGGUCAGAGAGAAUAAAACCUAGUUGUGUUACACUGUGCUCACUUGUGAGGGCUUAUGCACGUGCAGGUAAACCUGAAAAAAUCAGUGGUGUCCUUCGUUUUGUCGAGAAUUCAGAUGUAUUACUGGACACUGUAUUCUUCAACUGCUUAGUGGAUGCUUAUGCGAGGUUAGGGUGUUUGGCUGAGAUGAAGGGAGUGCUUGAGAUGAUGAAACAGAAUGGUUGUAAACCCGAUAUUGUUACUUACAGAACCAUGAUUAAAACCUAUACAUACAAGGGCAUGGAUAGCCAUGCUAAGGAACUUAGAGAGCUCCUUCCAACAGUGAAUAGGCCUCCAUUGAAAAGGGAUAAGCCUGACUUUUGAUGAGAAAAUCUACUCGUAUUUUAGCUCCAAUUUAUUUGGCUGUCAAUGAUUUGUUUAUUUGGUGCAUGCUUGCAGUAUACCUACUACUUUUGAGCAGGUUGUUUCUAAAAUUUUCGUCUUUCAGAAGGGUAUAAAUAUUAGCAACACAUUUUUUUCAA